AUGGUGCAGAAAUCUCUCAACGGCGGGGUUUACCCAACUCAAGCCGGAGAGAAGAAGCACAAAGUCGGGUUUGUUGGAUUAGACCCCGGGGCUCCCGAAUCCAGCAGGGAUGGGGCGCUGCUCAUUGCGGGCGCGGAGAGCACCAAGCGGAGCAGCAUCCUCUGCAGACCGAGGUCCAGCAUCUCCGCGGGGAGACCCAGACCGUCGAAGAAAAACGCCAGCUAUCGGAAACUGCAGAAUUUCCUCUAUAAUGCGCUGGAAAGACCGCGGGGAUGGGCGUUCAUCUACCACGCUUAUGUAUUCCUCCUGGUCUUCUCCUGUCUCAUACUCUCAGUCUUUGCCACCAUCAGAGAGUUCAAAAAUAGCUCAGAGAGUGCCUUGUACAUCCUGGAAAUUGUGACCAUCGUGGUGUUUGGAGUAGAGUACAUUGUAAGGAUAUGGGCUGCUGGCUGCUGCUGUCGAUACAGAGGAUGGAGAGGGAGGCUGAAAUUUGCCAGGAAGCCUUUCUGUGUCAUAGACAUUAUGGUGCUGAUUGCCUCGGUGUCUGUACUCGCAGCUGGAUCUCAGGGCAAUGUUUUUGCCACCUCGGCCAUCAGGAGUUUGAGAUUCCUGCAGAUCCUGCGCAUGCUGCGUAUGGACCGGCGUGGAGGCACCUGGAAGCUGCUCGGAUCUGUAGUUUAUGCCCACAGCAAGGAGCUCAUCACAGCGUGGUACAUAGGCUUCCUGUGCCUUAUCCUGGCUUCAUUUCUGGUCUACUCCGUGGAAAAGGAGUUAAAUGAUGAGUUUGAGACCUAUGCUGAUGCCCUUUGGUGGGGUCUGAUCACUCUCACCACCAUUGGUUAUGGUGAUAAGGUUCCCAAGACCUGGUACGGACGCUUGCUGGCAGCCACAUUCAGCAUGAUCGGGGUGGCCUUCUUUGCACUUCCUGCUGGCAUCCUGGGUUCUGGCUUUGCCCUCAAAGUCCAAGAGCAACACAGGCAAAAACACUUUGAGAAGAGACGCAACCCUGCAGCAGGACUCAUCCAGGCUGCUUGGAGGUUUUAUGCUACCAACCUCUCCCGCACAGAUCUGGUGUGCACUUGGGAUUUUUAUGAGCAGACUGUAGCUAUUCCAAUGUACAGACUUAUUCCACCCCUGAAUCAGCUGGACCUGCUGAGGAAUCUGAAGGGAAAGUCAUUCAGGAAGGAGUCUCAGCCAGAAACGUCUCCCAGUCGAAAGGCCAGCCUGAAGGACAAGGUGUUUCCCAGUCCUUCCAAGGCUCCCAUGGCCAAGGGGAAGCCUCAGUCUCCGGGGGCAGGUGAGGGGGCUGAGGCGAGUCCAGGCAAGGUCUCCAAGAGCUGGAGCUUCACUGAGAAGAACCGAGGGCCGAAGCACGCCUUCAGAGUCCGGGGCAGCACUUCGCGCCAAAAUUCAGAGGUGCAAAAUGAAAUGCAGGACGAAGACUUUGGACUGAAGAGUUCUCCAGCAAUUGAAGGUUUAAUAAAGGCGAGCCUCCCAGGAGAGGAAAUUGGUGACGAUAAGAGCUGCCACUGUGAGUUUCUCACUCAAGAGUUACCUCCAGGAUUGAAGGUUUCAAUCAGGGCAAUCUGCAUCAUGAAGUUUCUGGUGUCAAAGAGGAGGUUCAAAGAGAGCUUGCGGCCUUAUGAUGUCAUGGAUGUGAUCGAGCAGUACUCUGCAGGUCACCUGGACAUGCUGUCUCGUAUUAAGAACCUGCAGUCCAGGAUAGAUAUGAUUGUGGGGCCGCCUCCCACUUCAACACCUCGCCAUAAGAAGUCCACUGAAGGUCCUAGAGUUGACCAGAUAGUUGGGAAAGGUCCUAAAGCUGAAGGAGAGGCUGCAGACGACCAGAGCAUGAUGGGACGUCUGGUCAAAGUGGAAAGACAGGUGGUCUGUAUGGACAGGAAGCUUGAUUUCCUGGUCAACGUGUAUCUGCAGCGUAUGGGCAUCCCUCAUUCUGAAACAGAGGCCUUUUUCAACUCCAAAGAGCCGUAUCCAGCCCCGCCUUACCACAGCCCAGAGGAGAGCAAGGAGGAGAAGGAGGGGAAAGAGGAGGUGAAGGAGGAAAGGGAGGUGAAGACAUGCUCAGCUGCGGAUGUCCCAUGCUCUGAUGGGUCUUUGGAAAAGAGAGAUCCUUUACUGGGUCGGUCCGUGGCAAGAUCAGAGGGCACUCCCUCUGGCAGCAACAGCCGCCCCUCUACCUCUUGGCAGCACCAACUGCAGCACCCCCUCAGCCAGCCUGCCUGGAACAGCAGCGUGGCUAACACCCCUUCACCAGUCGAGCACUCGCCCACCCUGUUCCGCCUUCCACCUCCACCUGCUCCGGUUCACGACCGUUCCUCCUCCGGCCUGGGUGGCAACAGCAGAGAGAGUUGCUCCCAGAGCAGGAGGCGCCAGAGGAGGCAGAGGGGUCAGCAGGAUGCCACCGCCGUGGAGAGCGACACGUCUCUCUCCAUCCCGUCUGUUGACCACGAGGAGCUGGAGCGCUCUUUCAGCGGCUUCAGCAUCUCCCAGGCCAAGGAGGACUUCUUUGGGCCCUCUUUCUUUACAGGCUCAGGAGGUGGAGCUGGAGCAGGGACUGAAGCUGGAGCUGGACCCUCGCUCUGUGCCAGAGUCAGACCCUUCAUAGCAGAGGGCGAAUCAGACACAGACUCUGACCUCUACGCUCCCUCACCUCUGUCCUUCACUGGAGAGGUCUCCUGUGCAGAGAGGGGAUGGCCCGGGAUGAAGUAGGUCAGGAUAAAGAUCAGUGCUUCAGUUGCCAACAGGAAACCUCUCAUGGGACUGUGAAGGCAACUGACUGACUGUUGUUGCUGAUGAUUCAAUCACAGACUAUGAUAGGUCAAGGGAAUGGUUAUGAUUAACUAUUUAUUAUAGAAGAUGGUAAAAAUAUGUUCUUAUAAAAACUAUGGGGUUGUCCUUUAUCACCUUUUAUGUUUGUGAUGCUACACUUUACAAGCAAUGCUUAAGUACACUUGCGUUGUAUUCAUCAAGAUCUUGAUUCACUCAAAAAAGAGCUGUUUAAGGACGCUUCCUUAAUUUAGUUGGCAACAUUUUUUGUUGUAUUUGUUAGUGAAGAAAAAUACAUGUGUGAGAGUGUGAUGUGUGGCACUUCAUUUUGCGUGGAACUUGACAUUGAUUUGUAUCAAACAAACGAGAACGUCACUUCGCUUUCUUUUGUAAGUAGUGAGUGAAUUCCAGCACUUUCUGUUCAGCACUGACCACUUCAACUUUGAAAACAUAGUGGCAGUUGGUAAUGCAAGAUUGUUUAAGUCUUAUCAUGUGGUUAGCAUUGUGUCUUGACAACUUCUAUACCUUUGAAUGACUUGAGGUGUUAUGAUGCCAGAAUCUUAACUAUGAUAAUCAAUUAGAUUCUUGCAGAGUAAAAAAAAAAGAAAAAAAAAGCUUGCUUUUCAGCAUCAUUAAUUCAGCCUGGUGUUUACUGAAUAUUACAGAAAAACUCCCCUCAAAGUAUUGCAGAUACUUCCCCAUCAAUAAAACCGUGACCUCCUGCAUGGCAUGUUAAAUGGGUGAUUUAAGGACUGUGUUAAGCAGGUUACAAAACCAAACAAC